GCCCCGCAGGCCCGGCCCGGCCGGCUCGGAGGGCUCGGAGGGCUGGGAGGGCUCGGGCCCGGCAGCUCUGCUCGACGGGGCAGACGGGGCGCAGCGCCCGCGUCCCAGCAGCAUGACCUUCCUGCCCGCCGCCCGGCAGCCGCACCCCCCCGAGAGCCCCGGUUUCCUGCGAGGGGGCUCCCUGUGGGGCAGCCGCCGAUGGAACAUCUUCGGGGGCAGCGGCCGGAGCAGCCCCGGCCCCAGGAAAAAUUUCAGCUCCCUGCGCAAAAGCUUCAGCUUCCGCCUGCGGCGGGGACACGAGCUGCGGCGGUCGGAGUCCGGGGGGCUCCUGCGCCCCGCACGCCUCCGCACCAAGAGUGAGGGUGACGCCAGCUCCCUGCACACCUGCCCCAGCAAGCGGGACCUGCUCUACCCGGAGCUGGCCAGAGUCGGGGGCGGGCUGCACCCCGACCCCGGGCAAGGAGGGGGACUCUGGAGACUCCUCACAAGCCGCUUCCGAAGGCGAGAGCGCGGCGGCCCCGGCAGUGUGUGCCCCAAGGACCCCCACGGCACUGCUGACCCCAUCCUGCUGGGCAGCGGUCCACUGCGAGCCCUGGAUUCAUUUGUGAACAGCCAGGAAUGGACCCUGAGUCGCUCCGUGCCUGAGCUGAAGGUGGGCAUCGUGGGGAACCUGUCCAGUGGCAAGUCAGCCCUUGUGCACCGCUACCUGACUGGCACCUAUGUGCAGGAAGAGUCUCCCGAGGGUGGCCGAUUCAAGAAGGAGAUUGUGGUGGAUGGUCAGAGUUACUUGCUGCUGAUUCGAGAUGAAGGGGGUCCCCCUGAACUCCAGUUCGCUGCCUGGGUGGAUGCCGUGGUGUUUGUCUUCAGCCUGGAGGACGAGAUCAGUUUCCAGACCGUCUACAACUACUACCUGCGGCUCUGCAGCUACCGGAACACGGCGGAGGUGCCGAUGGUGCUGGUGGGCACCCAGGAUGCCAUCAGUGCCACCAACCCCCGGGUCAUUGAUGAUUCUCGGGCACGGAAGCUUUCCAAUGAUCUGAAGCGCUGCACUUACUACGAGACCUGUGCCACCUAUGGACUGAAUGUGGAGAGAGUCUUCCAGGAUGUGGCUCAGAAGGUGGUGGCUCUACGGAAGAAGCAGCAGCUUUCCAUCGGUCCCUGCAAGUCCCUGCCCAAUUCACCCAGCCAUUCCUCUGUCUCCGCAGCCUCCAUUCCGUCUGUUCACAUCAACCAGGCCACCAACGGUGGAGGAGCCUUCAGUGACUACUCCUCCUCCGUGCCCUCCACACCCAGCAUCAGCCAGCGGGAGCUGCGGAUUGAGACCAUCGCUGCCUCCAACACCCCCACCCCCAUCCGCAAGCAGUCCAAGCGACGCUCCAACAUCUUCACGUCUCGAAAGGGCGCGGACCCGGAGCGGGAGAAGAAGGUGCCAGAGUGUAAAGCAGACAGCAUCGGCAGCGGGCGUGCCAUCCCCAUGAAGCAGGGCAUUCUCCUCAAACGCAGUGGCAAGUCUCUCAACAAGGAGUGGAAGAAGAAGUACGUGACACUGUGUGACAAUGGAGUCCUCACCUACCAUCCCAGCCUGCAUGAUUACAUGCAGAACGUCCAUGGGAAGGAGAUUGAUCUGCUGAGAACUACAGUGAAGGUACCAGGCAAGCGGCUCCCCAGGGCCACAACAGCAGCAGCCCCCAGUGCCAGCCCCAAGGCCAACGGGCUGGCCAAGGAGCGGAGCAGCGCGCAGCUGACUGGAGGCACAGGUGCUCCUCACUCGACCAGCAGCACCUCCUUGCACUCAGAGCGCUCCAUCAGCGGCAUCAACCUGGUGGGUUUUAGCUCCAAGCCAGACGGCAUGCACCAGCGUUCCUACUCUGUCUCCAGUGCUGACCAGUGGAACGAGGCUGUGGCUAUCCCCGGCAGCUGCCCCAACCCCUCUAACGGUACUGCCGAUUCCCUCAGCUCCAGCCCGAACAUUUCCAGUGCUGCCAGCCCGAAGCUGGAGCCACCUCCAUCACCACAUGCAAACAGGAAAAAGCAUCGCAGGAAAAAGAGCACAGGGACAACUCGGCCUGAUGGCCCCAGCACAGCAGCAGAAGAACCAGAUGAGCCAUUUGAGUUCAUUAUCGUGUCCCUGACGGGCCAGACGUGGCUCUUUGAGGCCUCAACAUCAGAGGAGCGAGAGCUUUGGGUCCAGGCCAUUGAGAGCCAGAUCCUCGCCAGCCUGCAGGGCUGUGAGAGCAGCAAAAACAAGGCUCGUCUGGGCAGCCAGAGCGAUGCACAAGCCAUGCAGGCCGUCCGGACCGCACGCGGGAACAGCUUCUGUGUGGACUGCGAUGCUCCGAAUCCAGACUGGGCCAGUCUGAACCUGGGCUCCCUCAUGUGCAUUGAGUGCUCUGGGAUCCAUCGCAACCUGGGCACCCACCUGUCCCGUGUGCGCUCCCUGGACCUGGACGACUGGCCCAGUGAGCUUCUCAUGGUCAUGACGGCCAUUGGCAAUGCCCUGGCCAAUGCUGUCUGGGAAGGAGCAGUGGAAGGCUACCCGAAGCCCACCCCUGAAAGCAGUCGGGAGGAGAAGGAGCGAUGGAUCCGGGCAAAGUACGAGCAGAGACUCUUCCUGGCUCCUCUGCCUCAGUCGGACAUCCCGCUGGGGCAGCAGCUGCUGCGGGCAGUGGUAGAGGAUGACCUGCGGCUUGUGGUGACACUCCUGGCUCAUGGCACUAAGGAGGAAGUGAACGAAACCUAUGGGGACGGCGAUGGACGCACGGCACUGCAUCUCUCCUGCGCCAUGGCCAACGUUGUCUUCACGCAGCUGCUCAUCUGGUAUGGAGUGGACGUGAAGAGCCGGGAUGCUCGGGGCCUGACCCCGCUGGCCUAUGCCCGGCGAGCUGGCAGCCAGGAGUGCAUCGACAUCCUACUGCAGCACGGGUGCCCCAGCGACAGCACUGUCACCACACUGACCCCCAGCCUGCCCCGCCGCAACACCAAUGCCAACAACAACUCCUGCGCUCUGGUGUCAGAGCUCAGCUCCAGCCCCGGGGCUCUCUAGCUCCUGCCAGGCCCUCCGAUCACCGCACGGCCACCUGCCAGCCCUGCCUGGGGCACCGAGGCCACAGGAGAAGCACAGCCAGGCCACCCGCUGUGCUUGCCUCCCCACCCGGACCCCUGUACUGGCUGGAGGAGCCAGCAGCUCUGCUCUCUGUGCUGCUGGGGCAUCUGUGCAGACUCUGCUCUGCCAGGGGCUCCCUCACAGUCCAGGGGAUAGGGGCUGCAGUAUAGCCCAUUCUCAUGACCGGUACAGGGGGAGGAGAGGCAGCUUCUCCAUGCCCCCAACACACACAAAUGUGCUGUGAGGCUGGAGGCAGUCAUGAUGCAGGGCCCUCACUCCCCUGCACAGCCAGUACUGGGGAGGGCGAUGGCUGCACCCGCUCUGCCAAACCGCAGGGCAGUUUGGGCACUUCCCUCCUUCCCAAGCUGUGCACCUGAUUGUGGGGGUAGGUGGGGGGCAGCAGGAGUCACCUGUUCCCCCCCCCCCCGCACCCCUGUGCUCCUGUCUGCUUCUGGUUGGGUGCAGGGAGGGACCCCCUCUCUGGUAUCGCUCCCCAGGUGCUGAUGCAAAGGGAGCAUCUCUCCAUGCAGCCCAUGGAUAAAGGCCUCUCCAGCCUCCCUGGUGACCUAGAGAAGGAUGGUCACCCCAGGAUCCCCAGCUGUGUCUGUCUGUCUGUAGAGUCACUGUCCUUCCAGAUUCAAGCCCCAAAGCCAUACACAGUGUCUCCAUUGGAGCAUCCCUGCUGGCUCCCGCUGCUGCCCAGGCGGGGCUGGUCUCUGGCAGAGCCAGAGGAGAGAGGAGAUGAGUCUCCCUUUGGUUUUGGGCCAAGCCUGCAGCUGAGCGCUGGAAACCCAAGGCUUUGGACUCUGCUGUGGAACGUAUCUGUCACUUGUGUAUAAAAUGUACAUUGGAAAUAUUUAUAUGGACACUCUGUAUAUACUGUUUCUUUGCCAUGAGUUGCCCUGUGUGUGUUAUCUGCAGCCAAGGAGAUAAAGGCCAAUAAAGCAACCCACCUCCUGCCAGGCCA